AUGUCAGGUAAAUUGGAAGCUACAAACCAAAUCAAGUACGAAGAAUUCGAACCUUUUUGCAGAUGGCAACGCGAAGAAGCUCGCGAUACGCUCAUAAUCGAUCUCCCAGACUUCAAAAAGGAGCAGCUUAGGGUGCACAUCAACAACCGUGGAAUCCUGAAAAUUUCAGGAGAACGGUCUGUGGAUGCAACAAAAAGGGCCAAAUUUUACAAGGAAGUUGUGGUUCCAAAGAACUGCAAUACUAAUGGCAUCCAAGCCAAAUUUGCCAGUAAUCAUCUCCACAUCAUCAUGCCUAAACUCCCUGCAGAUCAAGUCGUCCCGGAACAGAAUAAACCUCAACAACAACAACUUGAUGCUUCCGAUAAUCAUCAAAACACAACACCAACUCAACAACUUGGGAGCAAAAUCAAGGAAGCAAUACAAUCUUCAACUCCCAAAAGAGGAAAAGAACUCAUCAGUAGUAAGGCGGUUGUGAAUGGUGGGAUGGUUAUGAUUUUGAUGGCGGCCAUUCUGGCUUUUGUUGCGUAUAUGUAUAAAUCCACCAUUGUUGAAGAUUAA